CCUAAUGCUCCAAGGAUGCCAGCCCACAGCCAGUGGUCCUUGUACCAGGAUUGCAGCACCACUUGGCACAACAAUGCUUCCUUUAUAAGAGAGUGUACCGAUAGGACAAAGGCUCCCCGUGUGCCUGUGAGUGCUCUCCCAAUGGCAGGAUAUCAAAGCAAAGGAUCCCAGCUGAGGAUACUGCUGGUGGGAAAAACGGGGAGUGGGAAGAGUGCGACUGGGAACACCCAUCCUUGCACGGAAGGCAUUUGAAUCUUACAUGUCAGCAGAGCCUAUAACACAAAGAGUAUGAGAAAAGCCAAAGGCCUCUUUGCUGGACGGUCAAUGGUUGUUGUCGACACUCCUGGCUUUCGUGUCACUUUGGAAGCCAACCUGAAAACAGCUGAAAAGAUUAAGAAUGCUCUUCAGAAUCACCAUGAAGGGGUUCAUGCCAUUGUCCUGGUGAUGCAGCUGGGCCAAAUCACAAAGGAAGAUCAUGAAACAGUUGAGUGGGUGACCAAGAUGUUCCAUACUAAAGCAGAGAAGUACUCAAUCCUGUUAUUCACCCGUGCAGAAGAGCUGGAGCAUCCAGACGACCUGAAGGGUUUCAUAGAAGGAAGCCCAUACCUGAAGGGGCUGGCAAGAAAGUGUGGGAAUCGCUACCUUGGUUUCAGCAACAGAGCCAUCGGAGUGGCGAGGGAUCAGCAGGUUGCAGAGCUCAUCCGCAUGAUCAAUGCCAUGGUAGAGCAGAAUGGCGAUGCUCUGUGCUACACACGAGAAAUGCUGGAGAAACACAAAGAGAAAUUGCUUGAAGAGGCUCCCAUUGUGAGUGCUCUCCCAAAUGCACGACCUCAAAGGAAAGGACCGAAGCGCAGAAUCCUGCUGGUGGGCAAGACUGGGAGUGGAAAAAGUGCGACAGGGAACACUAUCCUUGGAGAGAACAUAUUUGAAUCUGGCUGUACAGCAAGUGGCUUAACCAAGCAGUACAAGGAAGGUAAAAAGCAUGUUGCUGGAAGAGAAAUUGUUGUUAUUGAUACUCCUGGUGUUUUUGACAAAGUGCAUUUCAACAGAAGCACAGCUGCUAAGAUUAAGGAUGGUCUUCGUAGCCUUAAUGAAGGGGUUCAUGCCAUUGUCCUGGUGAUGCAGCUGGGCCAAAUCACAAAUGAAGAUCAUGAAGUGGUUGAGUGGGUGACCAAGAUGUUCCAUACUAAAGCAGAGAAGUACACAAUCCUGUUAUUCACCCGAGCAGAACAGCUGGAGCAUCCAGACGACCUGAAGGGUUUCAUAGAAGGAAGCCCAUACCUGAAGGCGCUGGCAAGAAAGUGUGGGAAUCGCUACAUUGGUUUCAGCAACAGAGCCACCGGAGAGGCGAGGGAUCGGCAGGUUGCAGAGCUCAUACUCAUGAUCGAUGCCAUGGUAGAGCAGAAUGGCGAUGCUCCGUGCUACACACAAGAAAUGCUGGAGAAACAUUUAGAGAAAUUGCUUGAAGAGGCUCCCCAUGGGAGUGCUUUCCCAAGGGCAGGAUGUCAAAGCAAAGAAUUCGAGCUAAGGAUAUUGCUGGUGGGCAAGACGGGGAAUGGGAAGAGUGCGACUGGGAACAGCAUCCUUGGGAAGAAUGCAUUUCCUUCCAUGUUGUCAGCAGAGUCGGUCACCAAAUACUUCAUGAAAGACAGAGCCUUCAUUGCUGGUAGACCAAUUGUUGUUGUCGACACUCCUGGACUUUUUGACGAUAAAGUAGAAAACCUGAAAACAGGCAAAAUAAUUGAAAAAGCCUUUCAGCGCCUAUACGGAGGGGUCCAUGCCAUCGUCCUUGUGAUGCAGCUCAGCCGAACCACAAAGGAAGACCUGGUAGUGGCUGAGUGGGUGACCCGGAUUUUCCGUACUAAAGCAGAGAAGUACAUAAUCCUGUUGUUCACCCGAGCAGAAGAGCUGGAGCAUGCACAUGACCUGAAGGGUUUCAUAGAAAGGAACCCACACCUCAAGGAGCUGGCAGCAAAGUGUGGGAAUCGGUAUAUUGCUUUUAGCAACAGAGCCACUGGAGAUGCGAGGGAUCGGCAGGUUGCACAGCUCAUCAACAUGAUUGAUGCCAUGGUUGAGAAGAAUCGUGAUGCUCCGUGUUAUACAGAAGAAAUGCUGGCGGAAGACACACGGACAUUCUUUGGAAGGUUGUGUAUGAUCCUGUACAAUGUGUCCCCAGGGCCGGUUCUGUGUCCCAAGGGCCCGGCCUGCAUGGAGUUGCACAGCCCUGCACCUCAGGGAUCCCAGCUGAGGAUACUGCUGGUGGGAAAAACGGGGAGUGGGAAGAGUGCGACUGGGAACACCAUCCUUGGAAGGAAUGCAUUUAGUUCCAUGUUGUCAGCAGAAUCGGUCACCAAAUACUUCUCGGAAGACAGAGAAAACGUUGCUGGAAGACCAAUUGUUGUUGUCGACACUCCUGGAAUUUUUGAUGAUAAAGAAGACAAUCUGAAAACAGGCAAGAGAAUUGAAAAAGCCCUUCAGCAGAUGUAUGGAGGGGUCCAUGCCAUCAUCCUUGUGAUGCAGCUCAGCCGAACCACAAAGCAAGAAAAAGAAGUGGCUGAGUAUGUGACCAAGAUUUUCCGUACUAAGGUAUACAAGUACACAAUCCUGUUGUUCACCCGAGCAGAAGAGCUGAAGUCUCCAAAAGACCUGGAGGUUUUCAUAGAAAGGGACCCACACCUCAAGGAGCUGGCAGCAAAGUGUGGGAAUCGGUACAUUGCUUUUAGCAACAUAGCCACUGGAGAUGCGAGGGAUCGGCAGGUUGCACAGCUCAUCAACAUGAUUGAUGCCAUGGUUGAGAAGAAUCGUGAUGCUCCAUGUUACACAGAUGAAACGUUGGAGGAAGACACACAGACAUUCUUUGGAAGGUUUUGUAUGAUCCUGUAGGCAGAAGGGGUCGGUCCCAGAGCAGACAUCUCUGUUGUGCUGUACCGGCUGACUCCAUGGGGUAUGUGGGGCAUGGUGUGUGGUGAUGGGCCUGAAGGAGCUGUCAAUAAACAGUGAUCCUUGCUGUGUGGAGGAGCAUCCA